CAAAAACCGCAGCUUCUGUUCUUUUAUGCACUCCUCCAUUUCUAUCUCAAUCCAAGGGAAAAAAAGAAAAUCUGAGACGAAAAGGAAAAGAAACACAAGUUUAAAGAAAGAAAAAUUGAGUGAAAAGCUAGAGCAAACGAAUCCCAACAGCCCAGAGCCUUGAAUCCAGAAUUACAAUGAUGGAUAAAAAAGAAAGGGCAAGGGAGAAAAGAGAAAUGAGGCGCCAAGAGAUCUCUCUUCUCCGCACCAUUCCCUAUUCCGAUCAUCAAAGAUGGUGGUCUUCUGACACUGUUGCUGUGGUUACGGGUGCCAAUCGGGGAAUUGGUUUUGAGAUUGCACACCAACUUGCAAUGCAUGGAUUGACCGUCAUUCUCACAUCACGAGAGACUGGUGUUGGUGAAGAGGCAGCAAAGGUCUUGCAAGAAGGGGGUCUAAAUGUGGUCUUUCAUCAAUUGGACAUAGUGAAUCCUUCAUCAAUUGAGACAUUUACUGAAUGGAUACAACAAAAUUAUGGCGGCUUGGAUAUACUGGUAAACAAUGCAGGAAUUAAUAUCAAUAUUGGGUCAGAAAACUCAGUUGAACAUGCUGAAAAGGUUAUUGAGACAAACUACUUUGGCACCAAAAGCAUGAUUAAAGCUAUGAUUCCAUUACUUAGGCCUUCAGCUUCAGGUGCUCGUAUUGUUAGUGUCACCUCACGUUUGGGAAGGUUAAACGGCCGACGAAAUAGAAUUGGAAAUAUUACGUUGAGAGCGCAACUGGAAGAUGUGGACUCGUUGUCUGAGGAAUUAAUUGAUGGCACUAUGAACAAAUUUUUGGAACAAGUCAAAGAUGGUACUUGGGAAUCUGGCGGAUGGCCGCAGGUAUAUACAGACUACUCGUUGUCAAAGCUAGCAGUUAAUGCCUACACAAGGCUAAUGGCGAGAAUUCUGUCCGAUCGGCCUGAGGGUCAUAAAAUAUACAUCAAUUGCUAUUGCCCAGGAUGGGUUAAGACUGCCAUGACUGGCUGGGCUGGGCAUAUUCCUCCUGAAGAUGGGGCUGAUACAGCAGUUUGGCUUGCACUACUCCCUGAGCUGUCUGUAAACGGCAAGUUUUUUGCAGAGAGACGUGAAAUCAAUUUCUAAACUUGUGAUUGACUAUUGUUGUUGAAUUUGAGUUACAGUCUACUUUGUAUUUGGCCAAGACCAUGCGUAACCAGAAACAACAGAAGGAAAAUAUAUACGUUCAGAGUCUUGUGCUAGGAUUUGCCUUUGAAACUGCAGUGUUUCCAACUUAGCUAGCUGUUGGAGUAAAGAAUCUACUGGGCUGUCAUAGAGAUUUUUGGUCGCAUACCAACCUAACUCAGGCAACAUGGCGAUGGAUGGAGGCAAGAGCCGAAGGAAAUGCAAGACAAUUUUAAUCUAGCACCAAUAGGUUUCUUUUCAGUUGUGCAAGUUUCUUUUCCUUUGCCCAUGUUUUACUUUAGAAACCAAUCAGCUCAACAAGUAAACGCAAUAGCAAAUUCUCGAGGUUCGAAUAGUGUAUCCUCACUAUGAAUGUUUUUUUUUUCGCCUGUUUUCUCUGGAAUAUUUGACCAGUGAUAUAAUAUGUGCUCACCAUGUUACAGUUAAA